AUGUUCUGCCUUCGAAGUUGGCUCCCGCUCCUCUUCAUCCCAACCAACGCCUCGCCCGCCUUCAUCCUCCUCUUCUUCAUCUGCACGUACUUCCUCAACCGCCCCUGCGUCUACUGCUCCGUCCUCCUCCUCAUCCUCUUCCUCACCUCGUGCAACUGGUCCGACCGCUGCUUCUUCGACCUCGGCAGCAACUGGUUCCAGCCCCGGCCGACCGUCCCCGCGCCGUUCCUCGAAGACGACCUCAUCGCCCAUAACGCCUUUAACGAGUCCGUCGCCGACAUGCUCAACUCCACCGCAAAGGCCGCCGCCCGCGCCGCCGCCGAGGAGAUUGCCGUGCUGAGGAACGAGUGGACGGGCGUCGGCUUCGAGUGGCUGCGCAACAUGCUGGGCAAGCGGGAAUGGAGGAUCGACUGCAUGGACAUUUACGUCAGGCUGUGA